GCCACCUCCGCUCCGCUCCCCUCCCCUGUCCCCGCCAUGGAGUGACGCCCCCGCCGAACGGCCGGACGGGGGGGGCCCGCCGCGCCUCGAUGGCUCUGGUUACGGUGCAGCGCUCGCCUACCCCCAGCGCCACCUCCAGCCCCUGCGCCUCGGAGGCAGACAGUGGGGAAGAAGAAUGCCGAUCCCAGCCCAGAAGCAUCAGCGAAAGCUUCCUCACUGUGAAAGGUGCAGCUCUCUUCCUGCCACGAGGAAAUGGGUCAUCCACUCCCAGGAUCAGUCACAGGCGAAACAAACAUGCAGGGGAUCUCCAGCAGCACCUGCAGGCCAUGUUCAUCCUGCUCCGCCCAGAAGACAACAUCAGACUGGCUGUAAGACUGGAAAGUACCUACCAGAACCGCACUAGAUACAUGGUGGUGGUGUCCACCAAUGGCAGACAAGACACGGAGGAGAGCAUCGUCCUAGGAAUGGAUUUCUCUUCCAAUGACAGUAGCACUUGUACAAUGGGCUUGGUGCUGCCGCUCUGGAGCGACACCUUGAUCCACCUGGAUGGAGAUGGAGGGUUCAGCGUAUCAACAGAUAACAGGGUGCACAUAUUCAAACCCGUGUCUGUACAGGCAAUGUGGUCUGCUCUGCAGAGUUUGCAUAAGGCUUGUGAAGUGGCACGGAGCAACAAUUACUAUCCAGGGAGCCUCUUCCUCACGUGGGUCAGCUACUAUGAGAGCCAUAUCAACUCGGAUCAGUUGUCGGUCAACGAGUGGAAUGCCAUGCAAGAUGUCCAGUCCCACCGGCCUGACUCGCCCGCCCUCUUCACAGAUGUCCCAACUGAGCGGGAACGCACGGAACGGCUGAUUAAGACCAAAUUAAGGGAGAUCAUGAUGCAGAAAGAUUUGGAGAACAUCACCUCAAAAGAGAUACGCACAGAGCUGGAGAUGCAGAUGGUGUGUAACCUGCGGGAGUUCAAAGAAUUCAUUGACAAUGAAAUGAUAGUGAUCCUUGGGCAGAUGGACAGCCCCACACAGAUAUUUGAUCAUGUCUUUUUGGGCUCAGAAUGGAAUGCCUCCAAUUUGGAAGAUUUGCAGAACAGAGGGGUACGGUACAUUUUGAAUGUGACUCGAGAAAUAGAUAAUUUCUUCCCUGGGCUCUUUGAAUACCACAAUAUCCGGGUUUAUGAUGAAGAAGCUACAGAUCUUCUGGCUUACUGGAAUGAUACCUACAAAUUCAUCUCCAAGGCAAAGAAAAAUGGUUCUAAGUGCCUGGUGCACUGCAAGAUGGGAGUGAGCCGCUCGGCAUCCACGGUGAUUGCCUAUGCCAUGAAGGAAUAUGGCUGGAACCUGGACAGGGCUUACGACUAUGUGAAAGAAAGGCGCACCGUCACCAAGCCCAACCCCAGCUUCAUGCGGCAGCUGGAGGAGUACCAAGGGAUCCUGCUGGCCAGCAAACAGCGGCACAACAAACUCUGGCGCUCACACUCGGACAGCGACCUCUCGGAUCACCACGAGCCCAUCUGCAAGGCUGGGCUGGAGCUGAACAAAAAGGAGAUCACCACUUCAGCUGACCAGAUCUCAGAGGCCAAGACCAAUGACAACCAGCAGCCCAUGUCUCCCAUCUACUCAGCUGAGCUGGACAGGGAGCAGCAGCUCCCGGAGGAUGCAAACAUGAUCGAGGAUAUGUGUGUGAAGGAGAGAAGGAUCCACUUAGAGUUUACUUGCAGAGACUUCCACGCUGAGCAGAUGGAGGACAAGCUGAACCUGAACAAUAUCAAUGGCUGUACGGCAGGGUGUUGUGUAGACUCUGUCCCCCCUGACAACUGCCGUGCUUCUGAGGCCCUAAUGCAGCUCCAGCCCCCCUUGGAAAUAACUGAGUUUCCUGAUCUGACAGUGGAUGACCUAGAAAAAGAUGCCCUUAAGCCUGAUAUGAACGUGCACUUGGUUCCCAUGGAAGAAUUCACUUCAUGCUUAAAAGACUUCCCCCAGUCCCCAAACCAAAAUUCCCCAGGUCUUCAACAGAACCCUCAGCCUGAAGUGACAGACCUCAGCACAGACAGGAUUGAUUUCUUCAGCGCUUUGGAGAAAUUCGUGGAGCUCUCCCAGGAGAGCCGGUCACGCACCUGCUCCCAUUCCAGGCCAGAGGAGCAAGGGACUGGGAGAAAUGGGGUCUCCAGGGUGCCAAUGCUGGAAGUGCCACCUGCUGCAGAUGGGGGUGCAGAUGCUCAAAGGAACAGCCCUGGAAACUCUCCUCAGGCAUCCGAUGACUCUUCUGCAGAUGAAGAGCAACAAAAGGAGGUCCAUGAGCUGCCUGGUGCAGGUCAUCUCACGAGAUCCCACUCAGAAAAUGCCAUUUCUGUGAAGGAAAUUAUCACAGAGAUCGAAUCAAUCAACCAGGGAGCAGGACCUGCCCAGCAGAAAGAGGGUUCAGCCAACCUCAGCCAGACACCAAAGAGGAACACAGUGCAUGACCUGCCAGUGGAGGUGAUUUGGGCAUCAGAAAAGUUGGAACAGAGUGAAGGAGCCUGUGCUGGACACCAGGAAAAGGAGAAGGACGCUCUGCCAACUGAGCAGGAAGAAGCCCCAUUUCUGCAGCUGUCUUCUGGUAAAUCAGACACGGAGGAAAGCAGCUCUGGUGGGGAGCAGCAGGAGCCUCGUGGCUCCAUCAACCCUGAGCCCAAGUGGUGCCCCGGCUCGGUCCGGCGAGCCACGCUGGAGUUCGAGGAGCGCUUGAGGCAAGAGCAGGAGCACCAGCACACGGCCCCAGCCUGCACCUUACCCACCCGCAAGAACUCCAGGAACGACUCUCCUGCUGCCGAGCUCCUGCCACGGGGGAAGAGCGAGGAGCCACCCCUGGAGCUGGCUCCGGAGGGGGACAAGGCUCAGGGUCCAGGUGCAGAGGAGCUGCUGCUGCCUCCUGGGGCAGAGCAGCCUGUGGGCAGACACCUGCCUGCACCCCUUGGCCCCCCUGCCCAGGAGUCCCUGCCUGCAGAGCCCAGCCCGGGGCAGGGGGGAGCAGCACAAGAGUGCAGGACAGUGGUCUCAUUUGGCAGGACGGAGGAGCCAUCCCUGCCCUCCCUCCUCCCAAAAAGAAUAGAAAUCAUCGAAUACACCCUCACGGUCAGGCCUGCGGAGCAGUGCCCCGACACAAGCUGUGAGCGGGGCAGGCUGGCUGCAGCCACCCCAUCUUUAGAUGAAAACUUGAACCCCUCGAUGUGCUUGGAGAAGGCUCCAGCAGAUCCCUCGCUGCCGGAGCAUGCGGUACACAAGCAGGCCGUCUUCACCGUGGGCAGCCCCAGCGAGGAAGGCAGUGAGGUAUCUGCUCCCCUUGGUGCUGCUUCUCCGUCUGCCCAGGUGACCUGUCCACCUUCAGCCAGCCUCGAGCGCUCUCCUUACCCCUGCAUCAUUCACCUGGAAGGCGUCACUGAGCAGAGCACGGGUACGGACGAUGAGCCGGUCACGCCGUGUGGCACCGAGGGAGACGCCACUCUCCCGUUCAGGGACGGUCCCAAACCUCUCUGUGGGGGCGGUGCUGGCAUCUCGAGGCAGCUGAGCAGCGAGGACUUCACCAGGCAGCAUGCUGAAAACACGGACCUUCUGGACAUCUCGUUCCUGUGUUACAGCCUCCCUCACAGCUCCAGCAGCCUCAGCGUGGAGGAGCGCUCCAGCAGCCCCAGGCCGGUCAAGCAGCAGGCAAAGGAAUUAGAGGCUCGGAUCCGGCAUGCGGGGCUCACCAGACCCUCCCACAUGAAGCGCUCGGCAUCCCUGGCCAAGCUGGACUGCCUGGACCUCUCCAAGGAUGAUUUACACGACAGGGAGUCGGCCUCUUCCAAUGCCAACCCGGUGCUUCUCACCUGCGUUGCCCUCCGUCGAGGCUUUCGUGGGGGGAGGUUGGAGAGGAGCUCAGAGAGUGCAUGUGGGAAGCAUCACCUCUCCUCCCUGGAGCCCACUAAGCAUUUUGUGGAACAGCUCAGAACAGCUGAGUGCAUUGCCCAGAGCAAGCCGGUGGAGAGGCCGCUGGCUCAGUACGCCAAAGAGUGCAGCUCCAGCCAGCAGAGUUUGUGUUCCAGUGCGGAUCCAAUGUGGACUAGCUCUGGGGAGGGCCCUCCAUUGCUCCAGGUGCAGGUCCUGGACUCCUUGUCUCCAUCUCAAGCUCUGGCUGUCGCCCCACGGCAGCAGCACGGGAGAACUCACCCUCUGAGGAGGCUCAAAAAGACCAAUGACAAAAAGCGGACAACCAAUCCCCUCUACAACACGAUGUGAUCCUGGGCCCUUGGCUGUGAUUUCUUACCCAGAACCUGUGGUGUUGCUUUCACGCAAGGGGGCAGGUGUAAUAUAAGGAACAUGCACUUUAUUGGUUAAUUUUAUAUAUAUUGUCAUUUUACUGUUCCUGGCGCAUGUAGGUGUGGGUUGGUUCUUCUGUGUGUGACUCCGACUGCAGGACUGUUUGGGUUUAACUCAGAUAACCUCAAAUGUUCUUUUUUUAUUAUUGUUGUUAGUUUGUUUUAAAAGAACACCUUUAUCAUGAGAAAAUUAAUGUUGGCUUGCUUUGGCAAGAUGGAGUUUUGCUUACAACCAGAUCCUAGUUCCUAACUUGAAAUUUCCCCAUGCCUUGAAAUGAUUCUGGGCAGUUGGUGGGGUGAGAGCCCCUGUAAAUGUGAAGGUGGUGCCAAGGUCCCUUUGUUUGGCCUUUAUUCUGCAAACUGGAACUCCACCAUGCUGGCAGAUCCCUCACAAAGAUGCUUCAGGACAAAUGCCCUGGGCUCAGUUCAGCUGGUGCUUCCCCAUAAGGAGCACACAGGGGUAAAUCUUCCCAAUGGAUGAGCUCUAGUAACCCUGGGCAGUACCAAGACCAGCCCUCCUAUCUGCCAUGGGGCACACAGAGCUCUCUGCUCUGUGCUGAGGUGGGGCAGAGCUCCUCCAGGAGCUGCCACCUCUACCCCCAAAGCCAGUGUUCUUUUAAAACAAACAGCUCAUUAGGGUUUUAACCCUCCCAUUACUUGAAUACUGCUGUGGGCCUUCUAAGUUCAUGGCCAUAUCAUCUGUCCUCUGCCCUCUUCCUACUGCCUGCCCUCUGCCCCAAAGCUAUUCUUGUGCUGCCUGAGUUUCCCUCUCCUCUCUGCUGUGCCCACGGGUGUUUCUGGUGGCUCCCAAAACUUGAGCUGUUUUUGUUACAUGACAUACUGCCCUUAAUGCAAGGCUUUCUUAUCUCUGCUGUCACUCCUAACUCCAGACCCAGAGGGAAAAUCUUUUCUGGAAGUUUUUUCUUUGUUUCUUUUCUUUUUUUUUUCUUUUUUUUUUUUUCUUUUUUUUUUGCCUAAA